AUGGCGCCACCCAGCCUCCAAGGGCUCAACCUUAUUCACCCACCAUCUCAUUCAAGCUCGUCUGCCCAAGACUUGCUCUCCGGCCCACCAUUUCCCGAUAUUUGGAAUACUUUGGUAUUCGAAAAUGACGACCCCCAACUGCCUGAAGAGCCUCACAAACGGCAUCAUGGGCGUGGCAUGGACGACGAGCUGGACUCACCCAAUCCUUCCGAGUCUUUGCUUCAUCAGGGCCAUGCCAACCUGAUCGCUCCCCCAGAGGCCCAGCCUGCAUUUGAUCUCAAUCAUCUCUUAGCGACGUUCACACAGCCAGGCACUCCGUCUAUCGUCCAGCUUUUGGCUUUACAUUCCGCAGUGCAAGGCGGCGCUCCACCCCAAUCGUCUCUUUCACCACCCACUGAAAUUUCAUCUUCACUCGAAACCCCGCCAGCCAAACGUGCGCGAACUCGUAAAGCCUCCAUUUCGUCGACUGCCGACAGCCCAGAAGAUGCAACAUCAUUGGCUGUUAGCAUUGCUGAAGACAAACGCCGUAGAAACACCGCUGCCUCCGCUCGCUUCCGUUUGAAAAAGAAAGAACGCGAGGCAGCCCUUGAAACUCGUGCCAAGGAGCUGGAGGGCCGGGUAAAUGAGCUUGAGCGCGAGUGUGAAGGUCUUCGUAGAGAAAACGGAUGGCUUAAAGGUCUUGUUGUCGGAGUAACAGGUGCAGCACAGGCUCCACCUUCCGCCGCAUCUUUGAAGCGGGGACGCGAUGAAACUGAGACGGCAUAA